ACAGCAUAGAUUGACGGAGAGAAACACUGAAACACCAGAAGCUCUUAGAAAGACUAACAAUGGCUAGUGGUGUUGUUGGUGAAGAAGUGAGGAACAAGCAAGUAAUAUUGAAAGACUACGUGACUGGUUUUCCUAAAGAGUCGGACAUGCAAGUGAUCAAUGGAACCAUGAAACUUAAGCUACAAGAGGGGUCCCAUGGAAUAGUAGUGAAGAACCUUUACUUGUCCUGUGAUCCUUACAUGCGUAUCCGGAUGACAAGGGUUGAGGGUCCUAACGUGCUUACCUCCUAUACUCCUGGCUCUCCAUUAACUGGGUUUGGGGUGGCCAAAGUUUUGGAUUCAGGACACCCGAACUUCAAGAAAGGUGACUUGAUUUGGGGCACAACUUCAUGGGAAGAAUACAGCCUCAUCACAGAACUGGAAGGACUCUUUAAAAUUGAGCACACUGAUGUACCCCUUUCCUACUAUACUGGAAUUCUUGGUAUGCCUGGUUUGACUGCUUAUGCCGGUUUUUAUGAAGUUUGUUCUCCUAAGAAAGGAGAGUAUCUCUUCAUUUCUGCUGCAUCAGGUGCAGUUGGUCAGCUUGUUGGGCAAUUUGCAAAGUUGAUGGGUUGCUAUGUAGUUGGUUGUGCUGGAAGUAAAGAAAAGGUUGAUCUACUACGGAACAAGUUUGGGUUUGAUGAGGCUUUCAAUUAUAAGGAAGAAACUGACUUGGACGGAGCUUUGAAGAGGUACUUCCCUGAGGGCAUUGAUAUCUACUUUGAGAAUGUUGGGGGGAAAAUGCUUGAUGCUGUGCUUCUCAAUAUGAGAGACCAUGGCAGGAUUGCAGUAUGUGGAAUGGUCUCACAAUACAAUCUUGCUCAGCCUGAAGGUGUUCAGAAUUUGAUGUGUCUUAUUUUUAAAAGGAUUCACAUGGACGGAUUUGCUUUCUUUGAUUACUAUAAUGUUUAUCCCAAGUUAUUGGAUGUAGUGCUGCCUUACAUCAGAGAAGGGAAGAUAAAGUAUGUGGAGGACAUUGCUGAAGGCCUUGAGAACGGCCCUGCCGCUUUGGUAGGACUUUAUAGUGGCCGCAAUGUUGGAAAACAAGUUGUUUUGAUUGCUCGGGAGUGAUUUAGCCAUGUUUUGUAUAUCGAUUUGCUAUUAUGUUGAGUUUUAUGUCAAAUUCUUUGAUGUUAGAGGUCCACCUUGUAGUAGUUUAACAAAGCUCUGUCUGGUUUAUGGUUUGGUGUUUUAGUACAGGAAAUAUAUGAGAAGGAACUUUGAACAUUUACAAACCACAUUAUAUGGUUUUCAACCUAUAACUUAGUCAUGGAUGGUAUGUUAUAU